CUCGAGAGCGAUGACUCAAGGCAGCCACACAAUACUGCGUCGGACGUCGCGUCGCGUCAGUUGUCAACGCCGUCGUUGAGUACUAAAACGCUGACGCGACGCACCCGACGCUUUUUGCGUCACAAUACAGCGUCAAGAUACGUUUCUUCCAAUGUUUGUUUUGAUUUGAUUUGUUAGAAAGUUCUUACAAAAAGCGGGACAACCGAUGGAGAAUUUAACUCAUCCCAACACGCCGGUCAACCAGCGCCGGUACCGUCAGACUUUGGUGCUACAUAAAUCUUUACCGGAACAGGGAACCGGAAGCGAAGGCUUCCGAUUUUGAGUGGCAUCUGACCGUAUAGAUGAAGCACGAUGAACUUCAAGCGAUCCUACAGGAGAAAACUGCCGAGAACGAAUGCCUGAGCCGAGAUGCAGCGGCAGAGUACUGUGACUGUGGAUUAGUUUGAGCGGGAGAUGCAACCGGGAAAAUCAACAGCUGUAUCGAUUUCUAAUCUCAUCUUGCACUCUUCUUCGCCGAUGUUUCAGUCGAACGUUUUUCCAGAAUGCAAACCCAGCAAGGACCUAUCGAAUCAAGUGAAGGACGUUCAGUUAUUCGUUUUGACACCGGCUUGAACACCGGUAAACCACCACACAUAAACAUCGACCCGAAGGGCUUCCCCAACAAGGCAAAUCCGCACAUUAACGUUUCGAAGGAUGUCGUUUCAGGAGCACAGGUCGCUAGCAAAGUGUUAAAAUAUGCCGGCAUUACGCUAACCGUUGUAGCUGUUGUGAUUGACACUUGGCGUAUUGGUUCUGCCUUCAAGGAUGAUCUCUACAUCAGGGAUAACGCAUCCGCGAUAAUAGCGGAACUUCAGGAGGCUAUUGAAAAAUUGAAGAUCAGCUUGAAGUCUUCCAACAGUGCUGCCGAACGGAAGGAAAUUCGAGAAACUUUGGAGCAUCUGGAAACGGUUCUGAGGGAUGUCAAGCGAACCCGUAAAGCGCUCGUUAAAACGAUCAAGACCGCCGCAUCGGCCAGUGGUUCCUGGGGUGGUGGAUUUGCCGGUGGUGCGGGUGGAGCUUGGGGUGGAGCACAAGCUGGAGCAGCCAUAGGAGCAGUUUUUGGACCGGUUGGUAUUGUUGUGGGCGGUCCGGUAGGAGCAGUUGUUGGAGCAAUUGUCGGUGGAAUAACCGGUGGAAUCAUCGGAAGCAAGGCAGUAGAAACUAUUGCCGAUGCAGGACUUUCAUUAGCAGAUUGAAAACUUUGGAAAAUAGGGAGCCAUGCACAGCCGUUGGAAUCUGAACAUUCUUAUGACAAAACCAAAAACAUUUUGGAAAAAAAAUAUUUACACCAUUUUAUCAGCCAGUUUUAUGUGUGUUUAUUGAAGAUCUAAGAUUUAAGUAUGAGCAAUGUACUCUCUGAAAUAAAUAAAAUUUCUAAA